AUCCGCCCUGUUGCGCCAACCAACGGCUGGUGGGCGAAGGAAGCCCCAGUCCCCAAGCGUUGAUUGCUCCCGCAGAGCCUUGACCAACGACCACGCUCGAUCUCUUCACCUCGUCUCCCAGUAGUCGUAUUAGCAUUCUUCAAGCGACGCUCGGAUCGCCGCCGCCACCAUGCCGGGCAUCCUGCCUAUGAAAGUCAUCAAGGUGGGCAACAGCGCCCAGAGCCGCAUCGCCCAGGCCUGUGACCGCUGCCGCAGCAAGAAGAUCCGCUGCGACGGCGUCCGGCCGACAUGUUCACAAUGUGCCUCGGUCGGCUUCGAGUGCCGCACCAGCGACAAGCUGAGCCGACGUGCGUUCCCGCGCGGAUACACAGAGUCGCUGGAGGAGCGGGUGCGCGCGCUGGAGAGCGAGGUCCGCGAGCUCAAGGACCUGCUGGAUGAGAAGGACGAGAAAAUCGAGAUGCUCUCGACGAUGCACUCAAACAGCCACGGCGGGCCACGACGAAGGCCCUCAGUCACAUCCAUGGCCACACCCGUGUCACCGGAUGGCCCCAGAGACUCGCCCACAAUGAAGGAGGACACAUUCCGAGUGCAAGCUACACAACUGCUGCUGGGCGUUGAGAACUCAGAGUCGUACUUUAUGGGUUCGUCAAGCGGGCGCGCCUUUAUUGCCUCCCUCAAGCGUAAGAUGCAAGAUAGCGGCAAGCCAUGCAGUGACUUUACCCCAGACGCCUUUCUGCACAUCCAAGGCUGCGCUCCACUGGUAGCCAAGCUGCCGGAUCAGAUCUCCAGAGUCCCCCCUCGCAUCUUCUCGGACAGAUGUGUCAACGUCUUCUUCCAGGAAUGGGCGCCCCUCUUCCCUGUCCUUCACAAACCCACCUUUCUCCGCAUCUAUGAAGAGUUUGUCAAUGACCCGGAGAGGGUCAAGUGCAAUUACAAGCUCGCACAGCUCUACCUCGUCUUCUCCCUCGCCGGCCUCUCAUCGGAGUCUCCAGACAUCCCGCAAGUUGCUGCCUGCGAGUACCAAUGGACGAGAGCGCUCGAGUCUCUGAUGCUUGAGAACACCAUGAGCACAUUGCAGUGCCUCGUGCUGGCCCUGCUGUACUGCACGGUCCGAGCCGACUAUCGUCGCCUCCAGCACUAUAAGUGCGUAGCCGUGGGCCUUUCUCACCGAUUAGGUCUGCACCAGAGCCAAAAGCGCUUCUCCUUUGGCGCAUUGACGCUUGAGACAAGGAAAAAGGUCUUUUGGACACUGUACGCCCUGGAUACCAUGACGGCUGCCAUCACCGGCCUUCCCAAACUCCUCAAGGAGGAGGAUGUGCAAGCGGAAUACCCAUCUGACACCGAUGAUGAAUACGUGACGGAGAAGGGAUUCUUGCCCACGCUGCCGGGAGAAUUCACGCGCAUCUCCAGCGCCCUGGCCUUGUUCAGGGCAACCCGCAUUCUUGCCCGCGUCUUGGAUAAGAACUACCCUGCGUGUGCCAGCUACGAGCUCUCACUGCAGCAGAUGGGCGCCUUUGAGGCCGAACUGGAUGGCUGGUACCAAGAUCUGCCAGCUCACCUGAGGCUCAACUUUGCCCAGGGCAAGCCAUCGACAGAUGUCACUGGCAGCCGAUCGCCUCUUUUGUCACUCACUUACUACUACAUCCGCACCCUCAUCUACCGCCCGGCCGUUGGGUCGAACCUCGGGCCCAAGGCGGCGCCAGCGCUCAUUUCCAUCAGCGAGUCCAGCAAACACAUUAUCCAGAUCGCACAGCUUCUGGAAGAACGAAGCCUGUCGUUUUCCUUUUGCAUGAACAAGUGCGAUCUGCUGGCCGUGUGCGCUCUUACGCUUCUGUACCAGGCCAUUGACCUGAAGCGCGACAGCAAGAUGUUGCGCGAGGACGAGCGCCUGGUCAACGACGUCCUCCAGACGCUCCGCAAGAACCAGUCGCCGGGAUUCGUGGACCUGGAACGAGCCGCCAGCGUGCUCAUCACCGUCACCGACCCGUCGGCGCCGGCGCUGAUGAACAAGCACGUCCGCAAGUCGUCAGUGACGUCGGGUCCCCGUCGCGCAUCGCCUCCGACGAGCUUCCCCAAGCAAAGCUCGCCGCCGAUGGCUGUGCAGUUCCCGUCGUCGGCGAGCGAGACCGACUUGACCCGUCACCAGGACAAGCGGUGGAUGGGCAACGUGGCGGUUCUUCAGGGUCCCAACGGAGAUGGCCAGCAGCAGCAGGCGUCGUCGCGCCAGUCGUUUGACGGGCACCGGCAAGAGCGCCAGCAGUCGGCGUCGCGGAUGCCUAGGGUUUCUCCCAGCGCCCAGCCGAGGCAGAACCUUGACUACCUGUCGCUCAACGACGCUCCCUUCACGAACAAGCACGCCACAUCCCCCUCGGGCAACAUGCAGGGACAGCAGCACAUGGGGAUGCAGAACGACGGCCAGGGCUACAUGAACCAUGGGCAGCAAGCCGCCAAAACGCCCAACAUGUCCAACUCGGACUGGGAGGCACUGGUUGGGUCCAUGGACAGCGGAAUGAACAACGUAUAUGACGUGAUCUACGGAGGGGCCAGCAUCGAGGCUGCCAUGGCGGGACACUCGACGGGCAGCGACUGGUCGCCCGACGCAUUCGACCUGAGCAACUUCAACAUUGGCGAGUUUGGAAGCAACCCGGCGCCGCCGCAGAGCGUGCUGAGCAUGAGCGAUGAGAGCCUCAGCUCGGGGGAGGAAGUAUCGCCUUCAGAGCUGGGGCUGCACCUGGGAAGCGUUGACUACGGAAAGCAGCUGCAGGAAGUCAACUAUCACAACGGCGACGGGUUUUCAACAGACGGGCUACACGGACUAUCCUUGUGAGCCAAUGGCGCAUCAUUUGAAUUUCACUCUUUUCCUUCACGGCGCUAUGGUGCGGUGGCGACAUGAGGCGCUUGGUUUAUUUGAAACUGCAAUUUACCGAUGUAACGUUUUUUCUUCUGUUGGGUUGGCGCACAUGCUGGAGCGAUUUGUUGUGGACAUUUCUUGUCUUUUUUCCUGUUUCUAUCGUUUCCUUAUGAGUCGGCAGACCAAAA